AUGAUUCCAGUUUACGAAGGAGGAGGGAACGUGGAACAGAAUGAAGAGCUGAUGAAAAAUCUAAGGAUACCUCUUACAGAUUUCACUGAUGCGUCUAAGGAUUUGUUAUCCCCUUCCGACUCCAGCAUACAAAACGCACGAUCGCGGCUUUUGUCUGCCGCGAAAACAUAUCGUCCUUCCGCACCUCCGAAUCUUUCCCUGACUAGUUCCACUGCAAUGAAUACCUCUUUGAACAGUAUUAUUGUGGCUGAUAUAGCCAGAGGUGGUGACUCGCAAGGUGGAUCUGGUCUGAUGCAUUCGAACGCCCUGUUCUCGAUAACGUCGAAUCAGGAACAGAGUCUUCUCGGACACGGUCCCAAUCCGUGGAUUCCCAAUAACCCCACACGAUCAGUGGACGAUCAACCACAAGAUGAACCCUCGACAACUAGUUCAAUGAAUGCCGCCACCUUCGAAACGGUUGACGAUGGAGAUUCUGUUUCUGAUGCCGAUGCACUGUAUGAAAAUAACCAGAAAUUGGAAUUGGUCGCCGCUCUCAUUCGUCACAGAGAUUGGACAAACGCACAGGCCAUACUGGAUCGCUUCACCGGGUAUUGGGCCACCGCUUACAGACCACUGAAUCAUGCCAUUUGUGAAUUGUUGCAUUACCUGAUUGAACCACUCUAUGCGAAGGUGUGCCCACUUCCGUCAGGCAUGCAACGCAGUCGUCGUCGCGUGUUUGAUCUCCCUGUGGACAAGGCAGAUUCCGUCUCACAACGCCUGAGUAAGGAGAAUAUCAAACCAAUGGGUCGACAGCUUGGAAAACUUUCCCACAGCAAUCCUGGUCUUCUAUUCGAUCUUGUAGGUCACCGUUCCGAACCCCGUGUUCCAUGUCUCGUGAUUGGAAAUUUCGACUUGAUAUUUCAUUUGUACUACCUCUUGAACACGGUGCAGUUGUAUACUAACAUUAUUGGUCCGGUGGUGGAAGCAUUGAAAUAUGUCAGCAGUUUGGGCUAUGAUAUUCUCACAUUUUGUAUCAUAGAAGCGCUUGUUUCGGACGAAUCGAAAUUGGAGGAUGUUCAGUUCAGUCAGGGUUUACAAGCCUUGUCCACUUUCACCGGUCUGCUAUGUAAAAAGUAUCAGUUCGAUUUGGCCGGUAUAUUGCAAUACGUACUCAACCAGUUAAAAGCUGGUAAAAGCUACGACUUGCUGAUCCUCCGCGAAAUACUUCAUCGUAUGUCCGGUAUUGACGUGAUCGAAGAAAUGACCGAUGAACAGGUGGAAUCCAUGUCUGGAGGUGAACUGUUACUCCAGGAGGGCGGUUAUUACGCCCAGAUACGGAAUACGCGCAAAAAUGCCACUCGACUGAAGGAGGCUCUGAUGGAGCAUAAUAUGAUUAUGCCAUUCAUUUUUCUCAUGGCUCGGCAACGAGACGCAGUCCUGUUUCUCGACGAUCCCGAGCGACAUGUCAAACUGGCUGGUCGCCUUUACGAUCAGUGUCAGGGCACCCUGGUCCAGUUCAUCACGUUCCUCAGUUUGCAGCUCACACGGGAAGAAAUGCAAACUCAAUGUCUUCCGAUUGAACAAAUGAUGGGUGAAUUCCAUGUCCCGGCAGAUACCGCAUUUUGUCUGCAUCGUAGUGUGUUCGAACAAAAAGUCGCGCGUUUGUUCGAGAGCAAAGAAAAUGCCGAUGAAUUGAAAGUAACCGAGAAAUCCAAAUCCACCACGAAGUCCUUGUUCGCAAUUGCCUCACAGCAAAUUUGCUCUGAGAUUGCCCGCGCGAUCCGUCCUCUUUAUCCGAAUCGUGUGUGGGACGAUUUGGGCACGAAUUUUUUUGUGACAUUUUGGAGUUUGCAAUCCAGUGAUUUGGUUGUCCCCGAAGCAGCCUACCAGCGUCAAAUGCAACAACUGCGUGAACAAAUAAGCCAAAUUGACGCGGCCGUUAACGGUUGGACCUCAGCCAGAAAGAAACGCGAAGUUGAUCGUCUACAAGGCUUGAUCGAUCGAUUGGGUGCGGAGCAGACCGCACGAUUGGAGCAUGUCUCACGGGUUCGGGCCUGGCUGUUAGCCGAACGGGACACCUGGUUCCAGACACGUUCGGUCAACAAAGCGGACACGAUUACACAAUUUCUUCAGUUAUGUAUCUAUCCACGUGUGUGCUACACAACUGCGGAUGCAAUCUACGCGGCCCAGUUCAUGCAUGUAUUGCACCAGUUGAAAACCUCACGUUUCUCCACGCUGAUAUGCCUGGAUCGAAUUUUCAAUGACAUUACUUUACCAGUCAGUAUGUGUACGGAAGAUGAGGCGCAUCGGUACGGUCGGUUCUUAUGCGCCGUACUGGAACUGGUCAAUCGCUGGCAUGCAAGCGAGGAUGUGUACAAUCAGGAAUGUAGCCAAUUUCCCGGAUUUGUUACCGUAUUUCGUAAGGGUUCAGACGCGAACGACAAAGCGGAUCAGUUGGAAUUCGAAAAUUACCGUCACGUGGUCCAUAAGUGGCAUUAUCGAAUUACAAAAGCUAUUGUGGCCUGCCUCGAGUCGGGUAGCUACGUGCAAAUCCGUAAUGCCCUGAUCGUCCUCACCCGUAUGCUUCCGCAAUAUCCACGAAUUAUUCAGUUUGGCAGUGCUGUGGAACGCCGUGUGCUCAAGCUGAAAGACGAGGAGAAAGAUCGAAGACCUGAUUUGAAGGCUCUCGCGCUUAGCUACUCCGGGUUGAUUCGGUUUCGCAAGGACAAAUGGAUCAAUGAGGAGGAUUUCCAUGUGAAAGAGAAUAAACCGUUGCGAUCUGAACCGAUCUCCAGUGUCCGAAAUAGCGCUGCAAGCAGCAGCCACAACAGCAACGUUUCGUCCAAUCCGAACGCACACCCAGCGGUUUCCUCGCACCCGAGUCGGCCAAUUAUGUCUGCUAGUAACGCAGAUGGGCCGCAAUCCUCCACUCGCCCCAGUGCGACGGGCGGGCACGGGACUGCAAUGUCAAAUGGUACUCACGUGACCACCACGACUACUAGCAACAGCAGUGGUAGUGGCGGUCCUGAAUCAUCACAUGGCCCUGUAGUAUCGAAGCGGUCGGUCGGUCAUCCCACCGCACAAAGAACUGUUCCUAUCUCGAACGAAUCACGUGGUCGGCCUAGUCAACCUGGGGUUCCUGCUGUCCCAUCCGAACCGGCAAUCAAAACUGCACCGGCACCGGCCACAAUCCAAUCAUCCGCGCCCAAUCGAGUACAGUCCUCGCCAAACAAACAACGAGCUGUUUACCGCGCAGAAACAACCAAUCAGAGUCAAUCGAACGAGGUGAUCGCGACAACUGCAGUAACGUCGCCUGAGGAUCAGCAAAGUAUGGUAUCCAAACGGAGACGUAUGGAUCCGAGUACCGCAGCCAGCACUACCACAACUUCAGCACCGUCGGGUAAUGCAGCUGCGGCUAAGCCAGAUGAAGUCGGAGCCACUCGGAAAACUCGCAUAUCCAAUUCGGAAUUUCUGGAUCUCUCUGGCGGUGCGAAUUAA